GCUUGACGCCAACGUGACUCACUGAGUGGACCUGACAAGCAGAGAAAAGGGCCAGGCAGACGAGAAAAAAGUCCUGAAACAUUUAGCUUUACUCCCGUUUAAUACUGUUCGCAGUAACAGCUGUAGCUCUAGGAAUUGUCAUCUUUAUCCAGAUUAUUUCUCGCAAUGCAAUGGCAAGUGCUUUGAAGAUAUUGUCUUAUUUGGGGAUUUAAAUCUACUCCAGUGAAUUGCGCUGCACCUUCACCUCUGAGAACGUGAACAGAAGAGUGGAAGAGCUCCGGCUCGAGUGUUUUGUUUGUCUCAACUUUGGAGAGCAGGCAUUAUGGAUCUGCAGUGUUGCCUGUGCUGGAGAGUUGCCCUCCUUCUAUUGAUGCCAUGUGGGCUCCAGUGUAUGUCAGUGCACAUCCUCAAUGAGGAGCCUGUGCAUGUAAUCCCCGGCUCCAGUCUGGUUCUGAAAGCUCGAAUCGAGCAGGGACCAUUGGAAGAGGUGUCCGUGGUAACCUGGGAACGGGAGCCCGAAACUGGAAUUUUCCCAGAGACAGUGACACUGGCCACGUGCCCUGGCAGAAGCCUCAAGUGUGCUGGUACGAGGCCAAACGUCCGUGUGAACAUGGAGCAGCAGGAGACGACACUUCAGAUUAAUGGAUACAGCAGCUCGGACAGUGGCGUGUACGCUGUGACGGUGACAGAUCACACAGGGGCCAAGAUCACUGCACACUGCAUUGUCAGGAUAUAUGAGGAAGUGCACCACGUCUCAGUCAGCAUCAACGUGUCUCACUCCUUGCUCAUUUGUAGCGAGGCCUGGGGGACUGACCCCCACUUCAGCUGGUUCCAUGAGAGAGUCGCCAUCACCAAGACCGUGGGGAAAGUCUCCAAAGAUGGGAAAACGUUGUUUGUGACCAUGACUCCAUUCUGUGGCCACUUCACCUGCAGGGUCAGCAACAAGAUGAGCUACAGUUCUGCCACCUACACUGCAGCACCUUGUGAGAAAGAGGGUAGCGGGACAACAGCGGCUGUGGUGUGCCUCGUCCUCGUGUUACUGUUUGGAGGAGUGCUGGCAUUUCUGCUGUGGAGGAGACACAGGCACAAUAACAGAGGAGAGAGGCUGCACGAACAUUUGGAUGACACCAUCUAAAAAAACAGCCUAAGAUACACUUCUGUUACUCAGAGGUCUCAGAAAGGAGAACAGGAAAUGGACUGGACUGUGAGGGCGGGACUUCCUGCCCUGUGAGCAGCAUGACCUUACAGUGCAUUGGAACAAUGUGAAGAAUCAUCUGCUUGCUGGCAAAAGAAAAUAUCAAAAAUGGAUAUUCAGCUUGAAGUGUCAGCAAUGUCUUUACACUGCAUUGUGUAUUUAAUAAAUUGAUCAUUUUGUAA